UUUAUAAUGUUUAACACACAAGUAAUCUAUAGUAUUUUCUAACAUCUGAUAAGAUAUUGAAGCAUUUUGAACAUUAUGUGUUUCUUCAAGGUAUAGUAGCAAUACAUCUAAGGAAAAGGGAUUCAAUAGGCAUUUCCUGGCAAAUUUAGAUAUGAGAAAUUAUUGAAAUUUUCUUGAUACUUGUUUGAUUUUUACUUCUCUUAGAAUGUGUUACUUUGCUGAAACCAGUUUCAAAGUCUAGGCGGAUUGAUCCUCUGCAAGCUACACUUGAAGGUUAAGUAACUACAGAUCUCAGCUAAUCCUGUGUAAUCUGCUGUUACUAAAUGGCCAUUUGUAUUCCUGGCGCACCAGUUUCUGAAUGCUUAGGAUUUGGUUUUUACCUUUUGUCCAAAUAACCUCUAAAAGGAGCCAUGCAUCUCUUUGCAAGUCUGUGCAUUGCGCUUAGCUUUUUGGAGAGAGUGAGCUGUUUAUGUCCUUCACAGUGCACCUGUGAUUAUCACGGCAGAAAUGAUGGCCUGGGAUCAAGGUAUGCUUCUCUCCUUGCUACUCAGUGUUCUAAUGAUUCCGAGGAAAAGGACUCAAACCAGAUGGCCUUGUUUUGAAAGCAGUUGCCUCUGCUCAGAAAUCAGAGAGGAGGCUUAAUUUAGAUAAGCUUUAAUGUAAUUGUGUUAAUCCUGGUUGCCUACUCCAUUGUGAGCAGUUUAACUCCUUCAAAGCCCCUCAAAUUAUUUGAGACUCUCAGACACAUUGUGUUACUAAAAUAUUCAUUGUACUUGUAUUCACACAGUGAGCCUUGCAGGAGGUCAAACCACUGAGAUUUGUGUGGGCAGUUCAAUCUGGUUAUGGAAAGCAAAAGGGGGCAGGGCUGAUCGGAAGGUGUGUGACAUGCCCAGAUCGUUUGCUUCCAGGGUUUUCCCUUUCAUUUUGAGGAUUAUUUACUCAAUUGAAUAGACUUUAAGAAGUAGGAAGGACGAUCACAUGAGUGAAAUUAGAGACGUUUGUAAUCAGAAUUUUUCAUUUUAAGAUGUUAGAGUUUGAAAGAAAUGGGUCAGCGUUUUGUGUUGGACACUGUGGGACCUUGCAGAAGUUACUUAACCUCUGUGUUUCUUUAAUAUAUGCUUGUGAAGUGAGAACAAGUGUUUGUUUAUGAUAUGCAUGAGUCCUUUCAGAUAGAAGUUAAAUACAAAACAGAACUCUUAUUGGCUAAACAUAGUAAACUUUUUUUUGAGAGAGAAUUUUUAAUAACAAAAUCAGACUUUUUGCGUGACUCAGUUGAAGUGAACAGUGAGCCUCAAAGUAAUUUGUUAAAAGAAUCGCUCAAUUUAUGUCUUACAAAUUUAUACAAGUAAUAAUUAAUACAUAUUUUUGUAUAAUUUUUCAUGCUAUUUUAUAAAAUUUACUAACUCCUGGUGUCUGAGAUAUUCACUCAAAGUGGUUAAAGACAGUGAGAAGAAUGUAACAAUUUAAGACCUACUUGGCAAAAGAUAUACUGCAGUUAAUGACUCAGAUCAGACUACCUUGCAGAAAAUAGUAACAGAAGUGUUUCCUUCUUCACGGUGGCCCCAUUAUUGAUGCAUUUUAUAAAAAUCAUAGCAUGUUAUGCCUGAUAAGAACUCCAGAGAUAAUCUAGUUUGACCACUGUCAUUUUUUGGAUAAAUAAAUCCUAUAGACACGAAAUGGCUUGUCUGAGAUCAAAGUGUUGAAUUGUUGCAGUGACUGGCUGGCAGUCUGGGUCUUUUAGCUUCCAGUCAAGGCUUUUUGCAAUACAAUGCACUGGAAUGCUGACUUAAAGAGAAGCGGGAUCAUUCUGGUAUAAAGUACACUGAAAUUUGUGAUUCAGAAUAGAGAUGAAGAGGUAUGCCUAGAGAAUUCCAAUGAUGCAUAGGCACUUCUCCUAAAGAGAGGAGAUGAGGCAACCAGCACAUUGCUUAUGCUGCUUCCUUCUCUUUACAUCAUGGGCUGGCUUUAAAAAUUCACUGAUUUAAUGUGAUGUGUUUUACUGAAUGGCUGUUUUAUUGUUACUAUUUACUACAUGUGUAAUGUAUCAUAAUUCAGUUGAUGCUUUAUAUUAAUCAUUUUCAGCAAUCUGGUGGAGCUGAAUAUAUAAUGGGAGAUAAAUAGGUCUUUUUUUUCAGGUUUAAAUGAAUCUAAAUUUUCUGAUUUUUCAUACUUUACACCCACAUAUGGACAGGCUUGUUUUCCUAUGCCUGUUUUUCUACAUGCCACAAACAAGAUCGUGAUGUCAUUUGCUCAAGGUCACUUAAAUUGUGAGAGGUAAAAAAAAAUAAACUUGCAGUUAAUUGGUUUAUUUCUUAGGCUGAAAGCAAUGUAAUGGUCACAUUGUUAAAACAGAGCUUGAUUUUAGUCAUCCAAUAUGAACAUUUGCCAUUUCUUUCCUCCCUUCCCUCCUUUCUUUCUUCCUUUCUCUUGUGCUCCUCUUCAUAAGCAUCAAUUUAUAACUUCAGUAGGGGAUUCUUUUAAAAUGGGGCAUUUCCUAAAGAAGUUUAGAGUGUGCACUUUGGAGCUGGAUAGAUGUGGGUUUGAAAGGUGGUUGUGUAACCACUAGCUCUGUGACUCUGGCAAGUUACCUGAUGUUGAUGGGCCUCAGUUAUUUUAUCUAUAAAAAUGUGACUGAUGAUAAUAAUAGCAAACACCUACUGAGUGCCAAGAAGGUGUAAACUUUUUCAUCCAUUUCAAUUACUCACCAUAAGAGUACCAUGUGGGAAAAUGAGCUGAGACUGGUGAAGUGGCUUUCCAUGGCCACAAAGAUGAUAGAGCUUAGAGUCAAACCAAGACCAGAUUGACUCUAGAGCUGGUACCUUUACCUAUUCCCUAAUAUCAGUUCAUUGGCCUGUUGUGAUGAUUAAAAAGGGGUGGAAUGUGAUGUAUAUUGCACAGUCCUGACACAUAAAAAGUUCAGGUUUAGUCACAUGAAAUUAAGGAUAUUUGAUGGUUCUUAAACUGCAAAAAUGGCCAUUUCAUAUGGUUCAACCUAGAAGAAGGUGAUGAGGAUGACUAUUAAUGAGCAUUCAGCUAGGCUGAAUGGAUACUUCGUGCAAACCAGUAGGGAACGAAAAAUUCUAUGCAUAUUUCAAAUAAGUAUUACUUUUCUCAACUGAACCUCAGAAAACAAAUUUCCUUCCAUUGCUUUGUGACACUAGGGUGGUGCUAUGUAAUGACCUUGAUAUGAAUGAGUUACCUACAAACUUUCCCGUGGACACUGUGAAGCUUCGCAUAGAAAAGACCGUUGUCCAUACGAUACCUGCCGAGGCCUUCUACUACCUGGUGGAGCUCCAGUACCUCUGGCUGACUUACAAUUCUGUGGCCAGCCUUGACACCAGCAGCUUUUACAACCUAAAGCAUCUGCAUGAAUUGCGCUUGGAUGGAAAUUCUCUGACUGCUUUCCCUUGGACAUCUCUGAGGGACAUGCCCGGCCUGAGGACCCUGGAUUUGCACAAUAACAGAAUAGCCAACGUGCCAAACGAGGCAGUCAGGUACCUGAAGAACCUCACCUACUUGGAUUUAUCAAGCAACAGAUUAACCACACUACCACCAGAUUUCCUGGAAAGCUGGUCCCACUUGGUAACAGCAUCAUCCAGAAGCCUGGACCUUCCACCAAGAAGAAUUAUUCUCGGUCUGCAGGACAACCCAUGGUUCUGUGACUGUCACAUUUCCAAAAUAAUGUCAUUGUCAAAAGUCGCUGACCCUGCAAUAGUACUUCUUGAUCCGAUGAUGGUGUGUAGUGAACCGGAACGCCUCACAGGGAUUUUGUUUCAGCGGGCUGAGCUGGAGCAGUGUCUGAAGCCAUCAGUGAUGACCUCAGCUACCCAGAUCACAUCUGCUCUGGGCAGCAAUGUCCUGCUGCGGUGUGAUGCCACUGGCUACCCCACCCCGCAGCUCACAUGGAUCAGACCAGAUAGCUCGCCAGUUAAUUAUACAGUAAUUCAGGAAUCUCCAGGGGAGGGAGUCAGAUGGUCCAUAAUAAGCUUGACGGGCAUUUCUUACAUGGAUGCUGGGGAUUACAAAUGUAAGGCCAAAAAUUUGGCUGGGAUGUCAGAAGCUGUGGUCACCGUGACAGUGGCCGGUGUUGUCACAGCCACCAUCUCAUCAGAUACUUCUGAAAGAAGGACUGGGGAUCACCCUGAACAAGAGGUCCAGCCAGGAUCUAAACGACCCGCAUCUCUGCCUGGUUCAUCGUCGUCUCCCUGGCCUCAUUCCUCCUCUUCUCCCACUUUUCCUACUACUUCAGCUUCAUCUCCUCCCUCCACUGCUUCCUCCUUCUCGUCUCCUUUCUUCUCCUCCGCUGUUUCUUCAGCUACAACGCCAGGCACUAGAAUAUCCACAGGCCCCGCCACGGCUAGCCGACAGUCACUCCGCCCAGAUGGGAGAAGAAGUGCCAAGGCGGAGAUGGGCGGCGGGAAGCUUCCCCCAGCUAGUGCCAGUAGGAGGGAAGAGCUGGCACUGCUGGACCGAGCCCUGCCCAUGGAAACGAAUGCCACGAUAGAAAACCUCCAGGUGGUCAGCGAAACAGAAGGAAGCGUGAUUUUGAUGUGGGACACUGUUAACACCACCCAGACCCCGGAAGUGACCGUGUUUUAUUCCAAAUAUGGUGAGAAGGACCUGCUGCUGCUUAACGUGAACUCCAGCAGGAACCAAGUCACCAUAAAUGGCUUGCUGCCUGGUUGGCAGUAUAUAGCGUGUGUCUGUCCAAAGGGAAUGCCUCCCCAGAAAGACCAGUGUAUCACCUUUUCUACUGACAGAGCUGAAGAAGAAGGUGAUUCUCGAGAGUCUCUCCUGAUGGUGGUGAGUGGCGCUGCCUGCGUUGCUGUCUUGCCGUUGAUUUUUUUCCUGUUGUACAAAGUUUGCAAACUUCAGUGUAAGCCAGACUCCCUCUGGGAAGAUGAUUUGGCAAAAGAGACUUAUAUCCGGUUUGAGACGCUGUCCCCCAGGUCUCAAAGUGUAGGGGAACUGUGGACGCGAAGGCCCAGAGCCGAAUCAGAAAAACUGCCACUCUGCUCUAGGUCAAGUGUGGAGUCUCCUGACUAUUAAAAGUGAGGGUUCUGGAUCGGAGUAUUACUGCUAAGGUUCUACAGCUCAGGCACAUGUGAGCUCCACAGAAUUUCUUUCACAAAAUUAAGGAUCUAGGGAUAUAGUUGACCCUCUGUUUGGAUGACUUUUGGACGUUUUUCACAUCCUUUAUGAAAAAAAUCACACAUGGAGUGCUUUUAAGUGUGUUUAAAAAAAAUCAUGAGACUUCUGAACUGAAAAGACAAAUAAUUUUGAUUUUUUUUCUGUAGAAAAUGUCCAUAGAAAUCAUUUUUAGGGUAGUGCUAAAGUCAGUUAAUAAUAUAUUUUAGGAUAAUACUUUAGUUCUGAAAAAUGAAUUCAGGUGAAAAUAGUCAUAAAAAGUAAACUCUGGAUUCUAAAAAGAUAGCUUUUGGGGGCAGUGAAGAAAGAUCAGUGUAACCAGCUAAGCCUCGCUGUUCAUUCUUGUGCAAAGUGCUCUAUGGCAUCUGCUGUGCACGUUGCUGCCAUUGCCUGGCAGAGUGGAAUAGUGCAUAAUUUUGCUUUCACUGUGGUUAAAUGCAACCCAGUGGACGGGGAGGGCUCCAGCUUUUAGUACCAUUAUGCACUUUAAUAUGGUAUAGUGGUAUGCAUAUUGAAAGUAUGAAAAAAUUUUCCCUUGUCCUUAGAAAUAUGGAUACUAGCAAAAAUAAGUUAAAAAGAGGAUCAUGGCAAAUAGUAAGACCAUUCUGAGAAGAUAUUAACUGUUGCUUUCUAAUACAUCUGCUAACAGACUGUAUGGGGUCUUUUUAAAAAAUGUACUCAUUUUAAAACAAUCUCUUUAAUAGUUUUAUAUUUAUUCUUCUUUUCCCUGUCCCUCUUUUCUUCUCUCCCUCCCCCUCCUUACUUUCUUCACUUUGUUUUUCCUUCUGCUUUGUCAGAAAAUAUUCAUGCAGCCCAAGGACCAUUGCUAAAGAGUUUGUCUUUUGCCAUGUCAUAUUUUGAUUGCCUGGAUAAAGGAAUGAUCUUUGAAAGUCUUUUAGAUCCAAAAAGGAUGUCUUAGAAUGUUGAAAGAGCAAUUUGAACAAGCAGGAGUGGAUUCAUUUAGUCAAACUCUAGGUUAAAAACAUCAGGGAAAUUUGAUUAGAGUGGGCCACAUGAUUAGAUAGGAAAGGGAAUUGAUAAAUAAAAUUUAGUUUUUCUAAAGAAAUGUUUUAAACCAUAUUUACUAAAUAUUAUAUUCUCUACAUUGAAGAUUUUGGAGUAUAAAACAGAUUUAUAAAGGUGUGCUAUGAGUCCUGAAAUAUACUGAGAAGCAAGUUCUAAGAAAAUAUUAUAUUUUACAUAAGAAACAAAUAAGCUUUAAUGUAACACAUUGUGGAAAUCAUAAUAUAAGCAGCCAGAGGAUGAAAAACUUCUCAUUCCAAAUGGCUUUUAAUUAAAAAGAAAAAGAGAAAUCUACUUUCACCGUAAUCUGUAUUAGAAGAUUAGCAUUGGUGGAUGUACUGCUCAGAACUCCCAGACCUCCCCUUCUUAUCCUCUUUCCUGUCCUUUGCAACCUGUUUGACCUUGGUGCUUUCAUCACUAUGUGCAUUGUCUAAUGAUCUAACAGUUUUAAAUUCUGUAUUUAUUUUUUGGAUUUUUAAAAAAAUACCUUUUAAAGACAGUUUUGUGUUCAACUUAUGUUAGAUGAUUUAUUUUAAAUUUAAUGACUGCAAAAACGUGCAUUUCUUUACUCUAAAGACAUCAUGGGAUUUCACUGCCAUAUUUAAAAAGUUCAAAUAAACAAACUGCCAAAAUACUACCACCUUAGAAAUAAUAUAGCUGUGGGAGAAUGUUACAGACUGCUGAGCCAAAAGACAUCCAAAUUGUACAAAGGCAAGCUAUUUGUCAAGAAAGAUACUUGGAUCAUCCUGAUGAAAUGAAUUACUGACCGCUCUCAUAAUUAAAAUCAAGUGCAACCUGGACUUAAUUUUGCCCAGCAAGGAAAAGCUAAUUGGUGGUGGAGAGGGGAUUGGAAUGGCAGGAGAAAGCACCUUUGUCAUCCUCAACUUGGACUUGGCACAUGAGAAUUAGAAAACAGUGGAGUAAGUCAUAUUGUCAUAAUAUUACUCAGGACUUUCAUAGAUAUUCCAGAAGUCAGGAAUGAUGAAAGAUACCCUAAAGGACACUGUGGACUAAAAACUUCAAUCAUUUGGACUGUAGCAGAAAGAAAGGAAUAUCAAUAAAGUUGUAUCCUUUGGUUUCAG